AUGGUUCGUGGUCUUCCUGUUGAAUACGAUACUAUCGGGGCUAUCAUCAAUCAGCAAUGUCCCACGUGGGAUGAGGCCCGUGGUAUGGUAGAAGCAGAGCAACAACGACAGGCGGCUAGAUCAAACUCAAGCCGUGAUAUUGUGCUAGUUCACCCAUCCUCUUCCGCCGGUCAACAGCAAAGUAGAAGCAACAACCCCCAGGAUCACACCGACACCGGGCGAUCCCCAUACCCUAACGGGUAUCGGGGGAACAACUACGAUCCGGCAAAGGCAGAGCGUGGCAGGGGGCGCGGUGGCCAAUUCUCAGGCCGAGGAGCAGGGCAUACAGGUGGGCCUCGGUUUGACCAACUUCAACAUGGGCCACAAGCUCAAUAUCCAUCCUGGACACCACCGUCGAGUCCACUCCCGUCUAUGCCGGCCCAACUUAACCCGUCGCAGGCCCACAUCAUGCAGAUGCAGCAGCCCGCUUUAUUCGCUCCACCGGGUUUCGGUUUUAACCAACAAACUCCAACGGGUUUCAAUGCUCUCUCUCCUAAUGACAUCGGAGCCGCCAUGACCACUUUGAACCUCAAGUCCAACGAUCAGGCACAAUGGUUUAUGGACACGGGAGCAUCUUUUCACAUCACUUUCGAUUCAGGUAAAAUUAAAGUUCAAAGUUCAUUACCCGUCAACCCUAUAUUUGUCGGUAAUGGUGACUUGUUGCUUAUUCAUGGUUCUG